UUGUUCAUUAUCUAUCUAUCUAUCUAUCUAUCUAUCUAUCUAUCUAUCUAUCUCAUUCUAUCAGUUCAUAUGUAUCUAUCCAUCACUCUGAUUCUGCUUGUUCAUAUCUAUCUAUCUCUUACUCUAGGUUCACCGAGCAGUAUGGCAGUCCCAGCAACGCGUUGUGAAGCACAAUUAGGGCACAGUGAGACAGUCACGACACUGUCGGACAUUCACUACCUCUCUGGCCUAUCACCGGCUGUUGUACCACCGGAACCAGAUCUACAGAGACAGCUACGGUCGCUUUUCAGUGAACGAAACAGCGCCGGAAUUCGGCAGCCAUCUGUGCAACGAAGCAGCACUUAUCAGGAUAGCACUGCUUCCUCUCGCAACCUGGGUAAUAGACUUGAAAAGGGUCCUAAAAAUUGCCUGACCUAUUCUUCCCUGGCCAGCUUGCCGCGGCUGAUACGGGUUUCAAACCUGCGGCAAGAACUCAAAAAAUUAAAAUCGACUACGGUGGCAGCAGUUACCUUCGGUUCGUGGAAUGUGCGCACCCUUUUGGACCGAGUGGGGACUGACCGGCCUGUCCGCCCUCAUUACCAACGCCCGAGAGCAGCAAGAGCCGUCUAUAGCAGAGGAAGGCCACUGAGAGAGCAGUCUGCCCGCUACGCAUUCUUUUGGAUUGGACGGGGAUACAACACAACAAACGACGCGAGGCAUGAGUUGUCUUUACCAUCAAUGUAA